CGAUCCCGCACCACCUGCUGUGCUGCUUCGUCACAGCUGGGCAGCAAUCGUAACCACAUCUUCGCGACAACAUUCGCGGCAAUCGGUCAGACUACCAGCAUUGUCCAUCAGCCACACUUUAGACAAUAUGGCCGCCGCUCGCUUUUCUUCUCGCAUUCUCAACCAGUCGGUUCGCGGCUAUGCCGCCCCCGCCAGCGUCAAGGCACCGCUUCAACUCAACGGCCUGCCCGGCAAGUACGCAACCUCGGCCUACCAAGCUGCCGCCAACAAGGACAGCAAGACUCUCGAUGCCGUCGAGAAGGACCUGCGCAGCGUUCAAACUUCCUUGACCGGAUCUCAAGGAGUCAAGCUCAGAGACUUCAUCAACAACCCUACUCUGGGCGUCAAGGAGCGCAGCCAGGGUCUCGACUCCUUGCUCGGUGGAAAGGAGAACGCUAUCACCCGCAACCUCUUCGAAGUGCUUGCUGAGAACGGACGCCUGCCAGACACGGAAAAGGUCAUCGAAGGUUUCCUCGAACUCAUGAGCGCGCACCGUGGGGAGGUUGUCAUCACCGUCACAAGCGCCGCUCCCCUGGACAAGUCCACCGCUUCCCGUCUCGAGAGCGCUCUCAAGGGUAGCCAAGCAGCUUCCGCUGGAAAGAGCGUCAAGAUUGUUCAAAAGGUCUCUCCCGGAAUCCAAGGUGGUUUGCAGGUCGACUUUGGAGACCGAUCCGUGGACCUCUCUGUCUCCAGCCGCGUUCAGAGACUCAACGCCCUGCUCAGCCAGGGCGUCUAG